AUUAAACUGGCUGUACGGUAUUAAAGCUAGUCAUGUAUUACACAUGAUGUGUGGAGUAUCGCACAUGAAAACAACCUGGUUGAACUGCGCAUGCGCGCAAUUUCACGCAUGCGCAGUCCAGCUGGGUAGAGGACGCUGAUCAGGCAUUGACAAUCCACGUGCGUUUGUGCCGCUCUCCUUUGACUGAAGGUUAAACGCUGCUGUCAGUUUACUGCAUUUAAUUGGAGCCUGGUUGGGGUUUAAACGGGCUGAAAAUCCAACAUGGACCCCAUGAAAGCGCAGCAACUGGCGGCCGAACUCGAGGUGGAAAUGAUGGCAGACAUGUACAACCGAAUGACCAACGCAUGUCACAGGAAGUGUGUUCCUCCUCACUAUAAGGAAGCAGAAUUGUCGAAAGGUGAAGCAGUGUGUCUGGAUCGCUGCGUGGCCAAGUACCUUGAUUUGCACGAGAGGCUGGGUCGUAAACUCACUGAGCUCUCUGUACAGGACGAGGAGAUGAUGAGGAACGCAACCACCGGCACUGGGUAGACCUACCAGGACUCUCAAAGAGCGACAAAGUGCGGCCUGGGGUGGACUGGAGAGGGGACAGGAAACGCACUAACAUAUUCCAGACGUCCAAAUGAAGUGGAUGUGGAGUAUAGUAAUGUGUGUGAGAAGACACCUCACCAGUCUUCAGUUAAAUCUCGCUCUCCCUCUCUCCAUAGUUUGAAGUUGGGGUUGGAAUAAUGGUGACCCAGAUAUGAUUUGCCCACAGGUUGCUUGUCAAAAUUGCAGAAUCCUUGUUGGAAUUGUUAAUCAGUUACUGUGACAUGAUUGACUUACUCAUCACUUAGUGUUUUGUCUAAAAGCCCAAAUGUAUGUGGACCAGGUUGUGCAUGAUGGACAUUACAUUUGUUUGGGUUCUCCAUUGGUUUUAAUCUGUGGGGCUUUUUUUUUGUCUUUUUAUAUUUUUGUUCAAAUAAUUCAUACCGACACUGUACAAAACCUGUGCAAGUGUGUUAUUGAUCAUGUUGGAAGACUCACAUUUGCUGCAUAGUAUAAUUAAAUCUCUUAUAAUAUACCCUUUCUUGUUUAUUACAAUUAUUUUAAAAAUGUAAAAAAAAAAAAAAAAAAAGGAGCUGUGGAGAAAAUCGUUUGAAGGGCUUUAAUUAAAUUUUCAGCUAAUUAACUCAAAACUCCUGCAAAUGUUUCCUGAGCCUUUAAUCUCUGUCUGGUUCAGUACACAUAACCACAAUCAUGGGGAAGAUGAAAAGUAAAUUUUGCAUUUCAUUUGGAAAUCAAGGUCCCAGAGUCUGGAGGAAGAGAGGAGAGACACAGAAUCCAAGUUGCUUGAAGUCCAGUGUGAAGUUUCCACAGUCGGUGAUGAUUUUGGUUGUCAUGUCAUCUGCUGGUGUUGGUCCACUGUGUUUUCUCAAGUCGAGAGUCAAUGCAGCGUCUACCAGGAGAUUUUAGAGCACUUCAUGCUUCCAGGCUGAUUUCCUUUCCCAGCAGGACUUGGCACCUUCCCACAGUGCCAAAACUACUAGUAACUGGUUUGCUGACCAUGGUAUUACCGUGCUUGAUUGGCCACCCAACUCGCCUGACCUGAACCCCAUAGAGAAUCUGAGAGACACCAGACCCAACAAUACAGAUGAGCUGAAGGCCUGUCAAAGCAACCUGGGCUUCCAGAACACCUCAGCAGUGCCAAAGGCUGCUUGCCUCCAUGCCACGCCGCAUUAAUGCAGUAAUUUGGGCGAAAGGACUAAAGCCCUGACUAAGUGCAUAAAUUAACAUACUUUUCAGAUGGUCGACAUUUCUGUAUUAUGAAUUCUUUAUUCUAAUAUUUUGAGAUACUGGAUCUUUGAUUUCCAUGAGUUGUAAGCUGUAAUCAUCAAGAUUCAAACAGAAAAAGGUUUGAAAUAUUUCACUUUGUGUAAUAAAUCUAGAAUAUAUGAAAGUUCCACUUUUUAAAUUAAAUUAUGGACAAAAAUGAACUUUUCCAUGAGAUGCACCUGUAGAUUUGAUAUUGAGGCUCUAAAUCCUUGCCUUUUAGUAUACACCGAUCAGCCAUAACAUUAAAACCACCUGCUGGAUAUUGUGUAGGUCUUCCUUUUUCUGCCAAAACAGCUCUGACAGCUCGACCCACGUGUGCUGUGGUAUCUGGCACCAAGACGUUAGCCGCAGAUCCUUUAAGUCCUGUAAGUUGUGAGGUGGGGCCUUCAUGGAUCAGACUUGUUUGUUCAGCACAUCCCACAGAUGCUCGAUCGGAUUGAGAUCUGGGGAAUUUGGAGGCCAGGACAACACUUUGAACUCUGUCAUGUUCCUCAAACCAUUCCUGAACAUUUUUGCUGUGUGGCAGGGUGCAUUAUCCUGCUGAAUUGCAUUACAUUUCAUGUUCUCUUUUUAUGAUUAUUAAACAGAAAGUCUGGAAAGUUUAAAUAAUUGAGUAAAAAUAAAAGGUUUUUUUUUUUUUUUUUUUUUUUUUUAAACAAAGAUUUGUGCAUGUCAGAAAAGAUGGAAUGAUAGAUUGCAUUAAUGCCCUGUAAUAAACCAUUACUUAAAUUAUUAGUCUUAGGAUUCUGCCGUUCAUCAUCUGUUGAGCAAAAGCACAAAUCCUAUCAAUACUGUAGCAAUAAACAGAUCAUACUGAGA